AUGGAGACGUCGACAGACACAAAGCUAACAUCGGAGCAUCUCGAGACGGCCGAAAGAGAUCACCCCGAUGUCGGUAUCCAGAAUGAGAAGCCCUUGGACGACGAUGAAGAUCGAGCACCAGAAGCUCGAGGUCGCGAAGCCGCCACUAUUGACAAGAGCUACCGGUUGUCUGCUCGCUUUCUUGGCAGCAUGGCGGCCAUUGGCCUGGGCUUCUGCGGUGGCACUGGAGGAUAUGCUCUAAUUGCACCUGUGCUUGGCGAGAUCAAUAACGACCUUGGGCCGAGUCCGAAUGUUACGUGGGUCGGUAUCGUUUACGUCCUGUCGGAAGCUGUAUUCUUCGCUUUGGUCGGAAAGCUCAGUGAUAUCUUCGGACGACGAUGGUUCUUCAUCAUCGGUAGCUUAAUCGGUGUCGUCGGAUCGAUCGUUGGAGCCACGGCACAAAACAUCAACACUCUCAUAGGUAGCGAAGUGCUUAUCGGUAUCUCAGCCGCCUUCCAAAUAUCGUUCUUCUGGGUUAUAUCCGAGAUCGUGCCCAUGCGAUGGCGGUAUCUCGCUAACUCGUAUGCGUACAUGAUCACGAUCCCCACCAAUCCUUUGGCCGCAAAGAUCGCUUUCACCUUCCAGAAGACGUUGAUCAAGUGGCGUGGCAGCUUCUGGUUCAUAACUGGCGUCAAUGCUUUGAGCGCAAUCUGCUGGUAUCUCUUCUAUCAUCCUCCGACUUUCAAGAUGUUGCAUCGCAAGAAGCUGGCGAAGGAUCUCCUGUUACAUUUCGACUGGGUCGGUCUUCUCUUGUACACAGGAGGUCUCUUGAUCUUCCUUUUGGGCUUGAACUGGGGUGGCGCUCUGUACGUCCUCGUGGGAACAAUCAAGCGUGUUGCAGCUAACAGCACUAGAUACCCCUGGACUGAUGGCCAUGUCAUUGGCUGCCUCGUAGCUGGCGGCGUUAUCCUGUUCAUCUGCUUCCCAGCGUGGGAGCUGUUACUUCCAUUCAAGAACGUCGAGCCGUUCCUGCCGCUGUACCUCUUCACGAAUGUCAGCUACCAGGCAUGCUGCUGGCUGACAGGCAUUGGUGCUGGCUGUUACUAUGGCUUCAGUCUGGUGUGGCCGCAGGCUGUUGCAUCUUUGUACACAUUGUCGUACGAUAGGCAAGGUACACUGGCAGGCCUGGCCGCAAUGGGCUUCGUGUUCGGCCAGAUGUUUGGUGGAAUAAUGGGUACUGUCAUUGGCCCAAGAACGUCUAUCAUCAGCACGAUGUGGAUAGCCGCUCCUGUACUGAUGGCAGCAGCCGCGGAUCCACUGAACAUGAAGCUUACUAUGGGUCUUAUCAUCACAGGCGCAUUUUUCAUCGGUGCUAGUGAAGCCCAAGCUGCGGUCUCAUCAACCUUCUCCCUCAGGACCCAAGAAGAGCUUGGCACAGCUGGUGGCCUUGCUGGUGCGAUCAGAUCUUUCGUCUCGGUGGUAGCUGUGGCCAUCUAUUCUACAGUCCUCACAAAUCGCCGGGGUCAGACCAUACCACGAUACGUGACCCCUGCAGUCGAGGAAGCGGGUCUGCCAGCCAGCUCGGUGCCAGCAUUACUCAGUGGUCUGGCCGGACAGGGAGCUUUGUCUGCUUCCAGUGUACCAGGUCUUACUGCCGCCAUCAACGCCACAGCAGUUGAAGCAUAUCGCCAUGCUAAUGCCGAAGCGUACAAGACGAUCUUCUUUACGAGCUUUGCCUUCGGUGGAGCCGGAAUGAUUCUGGUAUGGUUCGUGAGCAGUAACGACAAAAGCAAGGAGAACUAUGUGGCAGGCCACGUCCAUGAUCCACGGCAGGCUAAGGCCCUUGAAGCAGCGGAGAGCUAG